ACUUCUCAACUUCAAUUGUCGGUCAGAAUUGAAUUUUCUCUCUAUACCACAUCUAUUGUCUGAUAAUCUCUCUAAUUCCCGUUCAAUUGCAAGGCAGAUUCAAACUACCCAUCAUGUCUGUCCAGACGGUGUCUAUGACCCCUUUCCAGGACCAGAAGCCCGGCACUUCUGGUCUCCGUAAAAAGGUCGUCGUCUUCCAACAGCCCAAUUACUCUGAAUCCUUCGUCACUAGCAUCCUCCUCUCCAUUCCCGAAGGGGUUGAGGGCUCUUUCCUCGUUAUCGGCGGUGACGGUCGCUACCACAACUCAGAGGUUGUACAGACAAUUGCAAAGAUUGGUGCUGCAUACGGUGUGAAGAAGCUUUUGAUCGGGCAGAAUGGCAUUCUCAGUACCCCAGCUGCCAGUCAUCUUAUCCGCAAGAGGAAAGCUACUGGUGGUAUUCUGCUUACUGCCAGUCACAAUCCUGGAGGUCCAACUGAGGACUUCGGUAUCAAGUACAACCUUGCCAACGGUGCCCCGGCUCCCGAAUCCGUGACCAACAAGAUCUUUGAAACGUCAAAAUCAUUGACUUCCUACAAGAUUGCCCAGCUCCCAGAUGUUGAUCUUACUCAGAUCGGCACCCGCAGCUAUGGUCCUCUCGAGGUCGAAAUUGUCGACUCGGUCACUGACUAUGUUGACUUUAUGAAGGAGAUCUUUGACUUUGAUCUCAUCCGUAACUUCCUAAACACCCACAAGGAUUUCAAGGUUUUGUUCGACGGUAUGCACGGUGUCACUGGACCGUAUGGUGUACGCAUCUUCCAAAAAGAAUUGGGUCUUCCCGCAUCGAGCACCCAGCACUGCGAGCCAAAGGCCGACUUUGGCGGCGGCCACCCCGAUCCCAACUUGGUGUACGCACACGAGUUAGUCGAGGCUGUUGACAAGAGCGGUAUUCAGUUUGGUGCUGCUAGUGAUGGUGACGGUGACCGCAACAUGAUUUACGGUGCCAACACAUUUGUUUCUCCUGGAGACAGCUUGGCCAUUAUUGCUCACCAUGCCAAGCUUAUCCCAUACUUCCGUGACCAAGGCGUUUAUGGCCUGGCUCGUUCUAUGCCCACCUCCGGUGCCGUUGACUUGGUUGCCAAGGCUCAGGGCCUCAAGAGCUACGAGGUUCCCACUGGAUGGAAAUUCUUCUGUGCACUCUUUGACAACAAGAAGAUUUCUAUCUGCGGCGAGGAAAGUUUCGGAACUGGCAGCAACCACAUCCGUGAGAAGGAUGGUGUCUGGGCUAUCGUUGCAUGGUUGAACAUCAUUGCCGGUGUGGCCAAGCAAAAGCCCAACGAAACUCCCAGCAUCGCUUCGAUUCAGAACGAUUUCUGGAAGACCUACGGCCGUACCUUCUUCACCCGUUACGAUUACGAGAAGGUUGAUAGUGACGGAGCUAACAAGGUCAUUGCUGACUUGACCGAGCUGAUCAACAAUGAUUCAUUUGUCGGGUCAGAAGUUUCUGGUCGCAAGGUCACUGAUGCUGGUAACUUUUCUUACACCGAUCUCGACGGAAGUGUCAGCAAGAACCAAGGUCUCUACGUCAAGUUUGACGACGGCAGCCGUAUCGUGGUUCGUCUGUCCGGUACUGGUAGCAGUGGUGCCACCAUCCGUCUCUAUGUUGAGAAGCACGAGUCGGACGCAAGCAAGUACUCUAUCCAGACUCAAGAGUACCUCAAGGACAACAUCAAGUUGGCUAUUGACCUUCUCAAGUUGAAGCAAUACAUUGGACGUGAGGAGCCUGAUGUCAAGACCUAAUCUUGACUUGCGAGAGGUCUGUCAUGACAGUGUAUACAGUAUUUCAGUUAGCGGUCGUAUAGUAAUCUGAUUAGUUCAUAGCAUAAACAAUGCAAGACAUGCAUGCAACACACGAGCAUUCAUUAAUUCUAUAAAUCAAACAAUAGUUUUCAUAUGCUGAUCCCACCAAUCCUGCCACCUAAUAACCUUCUCCUCCCUCCUCGCCUCCUCCGCCGCAAAAACGACCGCAUGACUCCUAACAGCCUCCUCAAGCGUACACCCAAUAAACUCCCUCUGCGCAUCCCUCACGUCCCACCCUCGUUCCUCAACAGCCUGCACAGCCCCAAUAAACAUCCUCGUCAACCCCCAAUCCCCACCACCAUGCGCCUGUUCCUCCUUUGGAUUCUUGGCCUUGGGGAUUUCAACGGUCGUAAACUCAUUCGUGGCGAAGGAGAAGUAUCUGAUUGUCCUGCUGUCGUAUUCGAUUUCGCCUUCAGUACCGUAUAUGCGUCCCCUGCGCUCGCAUUGUUUCUCAGUGGGGGCGAUCAUGUGCAGAUUUGCGGCUUUCGAGAGUCGCGGGGUGUAAUUCUCUGCCGAUGUGCCUUUGGGGGGGUCUUCGUCGUCCCAUGUGAUUGUCACGAAUUGGUCGUCGCAGACGUUAUUGUCUGAUUCCCAUACGCAACGACCAUACCAUGACCUAGCCGCGAUUUCGGCGUCCGGUGUGGAAGCCUUGUCGUAGUCUUCUGCCAAUGCGUCCAUGAGCAAUUUCUCCGCUGCAUUCUUACCGGCUGUCUUGAACGUAUCCUCAAUAUCAGGACAUACAAUAUGCAACGGCCAAUCGGUCUCGCCUUUAUCGAGUUGUCUCUCCUUGUAUAACCGAACAGAGCUAUAGUUACAUUUCCGCUCAAUCGGACAGGAGAGACAAUUCGUCGCCUCUCCGGCUUCCUUGGGUUUCCUCUUUUUCAGGAAUUGGGUGAGUUUUCCGGUCGAUGAGAUUGUGCGUGGAGCAUGUGGAGGGAUAUCCUUUGGUGCGCCUGGUGGUGGUGAAGAAAGUAGCCAGACCAAGAAAUCAAUAUCGUGGCAUGAUUUUGUAAGUAAUGAUCCUACACCUGCCUGAGUCUCGCGCCGCCAGUUUCCGCGCACGUAGCUGUGCGAAAAGUGCCAGUAUCCGACUGGUUCGACGUGUUCGACAGACACGAUAUCGCCAAUCACACGUUCUUCUAGCAGCAGCUGACGCAGUCGCAUAUUAUGCGGACUGUAGCGCAGAACAUGCCCGAUAGAAAACACCUUUGACGGCGCAACGUCUUCCUUGCCCUCCGGCACGAAGGCGCGAUAAAUAGCAAGACAAUCAUCCAAAGACGUCGCCAGCGGCUUUUCGCACAAUACAUGCAAAUUCAAUGGGGCAAUUGCACGCAUAAUAUCAACAUGCAUCUCAUCCAAAGCACAGACAAACACCCCCUCCACACCGAGGGGGACAUUCUCUUCUCCCUUGGAAAGUCUUUGACGACGUUCCUGUUCCCAUUUAAGCCAAUCCAGCCAGUCGGUGAAUGCUUGGCCAUCAGUUGGUUUGUUUGUACCCCAGAUGAAGCGUUCGCCAAACUCUUGCCUAUUGUAAGGGCGUGGUUCAGCGACGGCGUGGAUUAGUGCUGAGGUGGAUUCUGUGACUGCUUCGGCGUAGCGAUGUCCUCGAGACCCGGCGCCGAUGACGAGGAAUCUUAGCUUUUUAUCGCUGGAUGUGGUUUUGAUGGCCAUUUUGAAUGAAGUAUUUUGGAUUUAUUCUAUGUUUAAGU